AUGGCGACACCGGCCGCAGGCGAAGCACCAAUACAGCUGGGAACGUUCCGGCGGCUCGCGCGAGAAGCGCUGCCAUAUGCUCCGGACAUGGUAGUAGAAAAAUGGCGCAGCACAGCGACGGGUCUGACUGUACUAUGGUCACAGUUUGAAAAUCCACUUGUGAAUGCCUACAUUACGCUGGCGACAGAGAUCUUCACCGAUAGCGGCGUGCCGCAUACACUGGAGCAUCUGGUGUUUUUGGGCAGCAAGCAGUACCCGUACAAAGGCGUGCUGGACAGUCUAGCGAAUCGUGCGUUUGCGCAGGGCACAAAUGCGUGGACGGCGAACGAUCACACAGCGUACACGCUGACGACAGCAGGCUCAGAUGGAUUUCUGCGCAUGCUGCCGGUGUAUUGUGACCACGUCUUCUUUCCCACGCUCACAGACGCAGGCUUUGUGACAGAAGUAUACCAUAUUAAUGGCAAGCUGGAGGACGCCGGUGUCGUGUACUCCGAGAUGCAAGGGCGCGAGAACUCCAGUGCCGAUCUGAUGGAGCUCAAGACACAGCGCAUGCUGUACCCACGCACGUCCGCGUACCGCAGUGAGACAGGCGGGCUCAUGUCGGCGCUACGCGUGCUGACGAUCGAUGAGAUCCGCGAUUAUCAUGCCCAGUACUACGCGCCGCACAAUGCAGCGAUUGUGCUGUGUGGGCCACUUGACCGGACAGAGCUGUUUUCCGCGCUCCAAAGCAUUGAUGACCGGUUUGUACAGAUGGGCACCGCGAAGGGCGAGCUUGGGCCACCGGGAUGGAAGCGGCCAUUCGUGGAAACGGCAAGUGCCAUGCCGCCUGUCAUCGACGGCACAGAGCUUGCGGGCGCUGGCGUGGACGAUGCUGAUCCGCCAGCGAAUCGCGAUCGCCGGCGAGUGUUUGUCAACUUCCCGGAGCGGGACGAAAGCAUUGGCGAGGUGCAAAUCUCGUGGCUCGGGCCUACCAUGGAUGACAGCUUGGAGCUCCAGGCACUGGAUGUGCUGAGCACGUACCUGACAGAUUCGCCCGUAAGUCCGAUGCAGCAGGAGUUUGUCGAGCGUGACGAGCCGCUGUGUACCGACAUCUACAUCGGCAACAAUGAGCGCGCUGGUAGGACGGUGCUCUCUGCGUCGUUCAGCGCCGUCCCUACUGCGCAGCUGGAUGAGCUGGAUGGCCAUCUGGACCGGCUGCUGCGGCGGAUCGUGUCACAGGGCAUUGACAUGGCGCGGAUGAGGACCGUGCUGCGCCGUGAACGCGAGCGGCUCUUGAGCCAGCUGGAGAUGCGUCCCGCCGACUGUUUCUCCGACGUUCUGAUCCACGACUUUUUGUAUGGCCGCCAGGACGGCAGUGGCUUGGCCGACUCGCUCGAUGACAUGCGCCGCUUCGAUGCACUUGAUGACUAUUCGAGUGAGGCAUGGACCUCCCUGUUGACACGCUAUCUGAUCGAGAAUGCACGACUGGUGGUCGUGGGCCGCCCAUCAGCUGCGCUCGUGCAGCAGCUGAAGGACGAGACGCAGGCGCGUGUGGCGCAGCGGCGACAGGCGUGGGGUGAGCAAGGCGCACAGGCGUGUGAGCAAAAGCUCCAGCUAGCGCGUCAAGAGAAUGACGCACCGAUCCCGCCUAACAUGCUGCAGUCGUUCCGCAUUCCCUCCAGUGACACGAUAGCAUGGAUCAAACUGGCGACAGCUGAGAGUGGAUGUCGAGCGGCCGGCGAGUGCAAUGAGCCACUGUGCGACGUUGCCACCGCCGACGACAAGACAUUGCAGGCACAUGUCGAUGCCGAUGCGCCAUCGCCGCCCCUUUCGAUCCAGUUCGACCACAUUUCCUCGAAGUUUGUGCUUGUAUCUGUCGUCAUGGGUACCCAGAGUGUGCCGGACGACCUGCGUGCCUACCUGACGCUGUAUCUGUCGAUGGUGUUCUCGCUGCCAGUCCAACGGCAGGACGGCUCGUCGCUCAAGUACGAGGACGUCGUGAAGCAGCUGGACGAGGACGUGCUGGAAUACGACGCUACCAUCGGGAUUGGCUCGAGCUUUUCGGAGACGAUGGCUAUCGAGUUCAAGGCACCCGUUGCGCACUAUGAAAAAGUCGUCGCUUGGGUAUAUGACCUAUUGUGGCGCAGCGAGUUUUCUCUCGACCGGGUGCGCGUCGCUGCCGCGAAGCUGGCGCAGUCGCUGCCAGAGCAGAAGCGCGACGGACGCAUGGUCGCCUCGGCCCUCUCUCGCUCCAUGCUCUUUGACAACAGCACGUCGACCUGUGAAGCGAACACGAUCCUCCGUCAGGCACAGCGCGUGCCGGAGAUGGUCGACGCACUGCAAGAGGAGCCAGAGCGUGUGCUAGAGCACUUUAACACGGUCCGCAACGCACUAUUGCGCCCAGAGCAUGUGCGCAUCAGUGUGGCUGGCGACAUUCGGUCGAUUGCGCGCCCGCUCGAGCCAUGGCGCGCUUAUAUGCCACGUGCACUGGCGGAUGCUCCCCCGUCGUUGGUGCUUCGCCCGCUGCCGUGGGCAAGAGACAUCUGCACGGGCCUGGGACGCAAGCCGGCGCUCGAGGGCCGCAUGUGUGCUCUGCCGGCGAUCGAGAGCUCCUACGCUGUUUUCACCUCUCGUGGUCUGCGCGGCUACACGGACAAGGACUAUGCGCCCUUGGUCAUUACGCUGACGAUCCUGAAUGCGAUGGAAUCGUUCCUCUGGCGCUACAUCCGCGGCGCAGGCCUUGCGUACGGCGCGUCGAUCCGCAACGAUGCUGAGGCAGAGCAGAUCCACUUCCUCCUGUACCGUGCACCCAACGCGGCAAAAGCCUUCCUGGAGGGCCGUAAGGUCGUGCAGGCACUGGCCUACGGCACCGCUCUGGACGAUGGCUCCCACGUGGCACUGGACGAGACCAUGCUCGAGUCGGCCAACGGUGCAUGA